UGAAAUUGUCUCUGUGGGAAUGGAAAGAAGCCAAACAAGUUAUGGGUGAGUUGAUCUUGAUUUAGCUAUGUUCCUUUGAGGUACAAAGCUAAGAUGAGAUUGAAUCAGAGCAACUUCGCUUUGCUUUAGUUGGACUUUAUUCUUUACCAAUUGAAAUUGUGAAAUUGUUGUUUUGACACAAAAGAUAUUGUUAUCGGCAUGAGAUUCCUUUGAAGUCACAACAUUUCUACCAUGCUUUGAUUUAAUCGUCAAAACAUCACACUCUGUUGAGUUUGAAGUCAAUAUUUAUAACGUCUAUGCAGGAGUCAUUAAUUAAACUUCUAAACACGACCCUUACACGUUCGAAUUCGAAAGACAUAUCUUUUGGAACCAUUUGUUGUGAAGCCCAAACUUAGUUCAAUGGGUUCUUUAUUAUGCUGCAGGUGAUAAAUAUAAUUUACUUUCUCAUUCGAACGUAUUGCAAUGAGUCCAAGAGCAAUCGAACUAUUCUAGUACUGACUAGAGUGCAGUUGUCAUGGAGAUGUACCUUAAUUAAGUUUGACCUUAUGGGCCUUUCCGCACAAGCGACAAAGUUGUUUACUUAGGAAGAGUUUCAGUCAUCACCAAAAUUAUACAAGCACAAAUGGUUUGUCGUGACUUAACGAAUUUUGGUCAAAGCAGACAAAUCUUCAAAUGCACCGUGGACAAAAUUUGUCCCAGGUAAAAAUUUGGCGAAAUAGAAUAAAUACCGGUAACCAAAACCAUGAUAAACUUGUCAAUCACUUGUUGUAUAAGCUAUAACAAGUGUGUAAUUGAACUGAAAUCAGUUUACUUGGAAGGCAAAAAUUGUCUUUUGCUGCAAAACUCAAGGAUUCUAGAAUUUUAAAAUGACUUAGGAUAAAUCCUGGAAGUUGGAGGUGGAAUCCUUUGGCAACUAUGUUGGCCGUUCUUAUGAACAGAUCAGGUGCUGAUGGAAUUUGACACCUUUGAAAUUUUUAAUGGGCAUGCAACAGACGAAACAAAAAUUUGUCCUCUGAUUUUGUUGGGACAAUUCUAGUUUAAUUCCCCAACGAGGAAAGGUCCUAAAUCCCCAAAUGAGAUGGACAUGCAUUUAUAACUUUAUAAUUUUUGAGGCUACAAUGUAGACAGUGAAUUUCUCAGCUUUCAACUCUGCUAGAGACCAAGCAAAGACUCUAGCAGGAUUGAAAGCUCAGAAAUUUACAGUUUAUGGUUAUUGCAAUGAUGUCAAAAUCUUAAAAAGUUUGCAUGGAUAAGAACCUUACACAAUGACUUAAGCUACUAUUGAUGUAUGUUGUUUCUCCUCAUAAUUUCAAUAUAUCAUCAUCACAAGUGAUAAGAGUGCAGGACUUCUCAUCUGCUUCGUAACAACUAACUGACUAGCAAAUUCUCCUGUCAAAUGAAUGAGGAGAUUACUUUAUGUUACAGAUAAAUUGGAGAAUUACAUCUCAGUUGUUGAGUGUUAUAGGAUUAAAUAGUGUGCUACUGGUGCUAACUAUUCCACACCUAUAGAGCCAAUCUUGGUUUCUGCAACCUGCUGCUUCUUAGAGAAACCCCUACAACCCCAUCCCCCACCCCUCCCCCCGUGAUCUCAUCAGGAGUCUUCCCUUCUUCAAGGGUAUUAGGAUCUGCCUUAGAUUCUUCCAAGUGAGAAUAAAAUGAAAUAAAAUUAUGUUUUCUGAAGUCUUACAACACAUGAAAAAAAACUAACAGAGUUGAAAUACUAUUGUACCAGCUGAAUAUGUGAACUUGCAAGAAAAUGUAAUGGUUUUCUUAAGCAGGGUUCAAAUUUAUUUUUAGUUGAAAUCUGCAGAUCCAAAAUUGCUUGUUGCUGGUCAAUCCAAUAUUGAUACAUAUUUCAAAAGACUUUCAGGCUGGAGACCUAGAGAAUGAAAACACAACACAACAGCCCUUCUAAGAGGGGGAAUGCGAAAAUAAUCUGGGACCAUUUGGCCCAAUGAUACUGUGAAGUUUUCCCUCUAAACCCUUGGCAAGAGUUUUGAAUAUGCUUACUGCUUGCUAAUCAGUUAAGUUUCUAAAAUGGUCUAUUUUACAUUCUGAAUUAUUUUUCUCUAUAUAUUCAGAUAACCAUGGUGUAGCACAGCUCUACAGACGGAUCAUCUCACCCUCAAUUAAGGUACACAAUGAAGAGUGGCAAAAACAGACCCAUUAUCGACAUACAAACUACAAAAGCCAGACACCAGUCAGCAGGCUUAAGAUGGCAAGUCCUGUGCACAGUGUGGCGUCGGCUCCUGGACUCCUAGAAGCCUCAGAUCUUGCACUUCAGGUACACUAUGCAGUAGAGUAAAGAUAAAAUUGUGGGAUUGUAACUAAUACCCCAUUCACACCAGCAAAACAUGUUUUGUUAAACUGGUUUUCAUUGAAUGAAAAUUAUAAACAGAGAACUGAAAAACUUGAUUUUCCAUUGGAUUCAAGUACUUGCUAACUUGCAUUUCCAAUGUGCUACAUUCAAGUCAAAAAUAUUCGGUUAAAUAGUUUCUAUGAAGAAAAAAAAAAUUAAACUGUGUUUAACAAAACAACUUUUAAACAUGUUUAAGCUUUGGUGUGAAUGGGGCAUAAGAGAGCAAUAAACUAAUGUAGGGUGUGUGGGUGUACCCCCUUCUUAAUUAAGAAAAUGGGAUGAUUCAGUGCUCAAGCAGCAAAUGUUUUGCUCACCAUGGGGAGUAGAAAAAAUAUUAGUGACUAAAUGUGCUCUGAAAGUUGCUAAUUUGACACUCUGUGUUCAAUACCUCCUAAUUUGCAUAGUUAGUAAGGUGCUUGAUUCACACUGGGCAAGAUUUCAUCUGCUCACUUGCAUCUGCUCUCUGCUCCUCUGUCUUUAAAGUAGAAGUGUUAGCUCCUUAACCCUUUAUAAGAGCUGGCCUGUUAAAAAAGUUCUAUGGAUAUUACAUGUGUGUAGUUUUACUGUGAAUUCAGAAAUACCUUACAAUGAUAUCAUGUAGUUUCUGUUGUUUCUGUGUGUUGCUGCUCAAAAAUUUGAUGCCCCUAUGUAUUUUUUCCAAGUGAAUUUUCAGGGGCUAGGGUGGUGCAUGAGUUAUACAAUUCAAGUAGGCUUUCAGUGAUACCUUUAAUUUUAUUCUGCAGCCUUCGCAUGAUAAUAAUUCCACUGAAACUGAAAAGUCUUCAACAAGGAGUGAACAUGCAGGAUAUCAGUUUCAGUAAGUUAAUAAAGUAAUAAAUUUGCUUCCCCAGUUAUCUUAACUUUAUCCUAACAUAUUAUCAUUUUUCACUAUUUCAAAACUCAUUUAUGGUUUUUAAUAUUAUCAAUUAUUAUAGCUAAUAUUUAAUGUUUUACGUGAGUCUUGAAACUGGGUCGAGAACUUACAUGCAGAUCAAGUUGAGGCUUACUGAUAAACUUCUCAAGAAACAUUGAUUUGUUCUAUUAGAGACAGUUUUCUUUUGAGGUAUCCUUUGUUUGAAUCAACCUUUGUUUUCUGUUAUUACAACUUCCUACCAAAAUGUCUUUAGUGGUGUGGUAGCACUUGGGAAAAAAGAGUGGUUCAAACACUCAAGAUUUGUCUUAAAGUUUAACAUUAUUUUCUGGAAUCUUUUUCACUCCCAGGCCAACUGUGAAGUUUAAGACUACCUCUCUUCCUGGUAUGCCACUGAGUCGCAAAUACUCACCCUCUCCCAGUGGAACCACAAAAUCAGUUCCUAUCUCCUACAGCAAUCAUAUGGUAUGUCAGAUAUUGCAGUCAUGAUUGUCUGUCAAAGAGUUGUCACCUCAAUUGAAUUAUCUUAAUAUAAUUAUACAUAAACCAAAUUUAUAGGAGGAAAAGUGCAGUAGAAUCUAGGGAGAAGAGCAAAUCAGAUCUCAGCUGUAAAAUAAAUUAAGUGACAAAAAUCAACUAAUGUCAAUAAUUUUUAAAAGAUGAAAAAAUGUAUUAUUUCAUGAAAAUUUAAUUUAAUUUUUCUUGAUUCUCACUCAGGGUUCUGUCCCAUCAAGAUAUUGGGCCAAUGAAAAGUAUGUCAAGCUGACAUUAUUUGAUGCUUUUUAAUUUCUUUACUUUUAACUAAUUGAUCACAACUUCUUGAUUGUUUUCAUUAUCUUUUCUUCAUUGAAUGAAAAAAGUUGGUGUUAGUAUAGUCACAUUGUCUUUAGUUAACGGGUAAUUCAUGUGAGACAAGCAAGUUUUAAGAAUAUUUCCAUUUGAUUAACAGUCCAAGAAUAUUAUACAGCAGACAAAGAGACAGAUUAAAGGUAGAGGAACAAGCCAGAGAGCACUGCCGCAGAUUGAAACGAACAUCAGAGGUAACAUUCAAAAAGCAGUUUUUGAUUUGGAGAGAGGCAAAAUGCUAUCACCAUUUACUGUGUUUUGAUGUCUCAAGUUUUUUUUCUAUUUGAGAGAAAUUUGGUACUGCAAAAAAAAUUUUGAAAACUCCUGGGUGAUAAUAAAUAUGCUUUCAAAGUGGUGUUUUCAGGUAUUUUCUUUUUGAUUACAUUAAAAGACAGGGGCUCUGUAUUCAUCGGACAUGAGGGAAUUCUCAGACUACAAUGCAGAAUUCAGCCUAAAUAAUUAAAUUUCAGUAUUUACUUUCAUUGUCAUUUAGAGAUAGCUGUGGAGUGCAUACUCUUAUUAUUUGACAUUACUUUUCACAACAAAAAAACCUGGAAAACAUAGUCAACUAAAAUAGAACAUCAAUAGUGUAUUAUUUUCAAGUAAAUUUUGAGCAUUUGUAAUGAACUCUUUUUGUAGAUUCGGCACCAUAGAGUUGAUAAACAGUAUUACAUGGCUGGAACCAAAAUCCCAUUGCAAGGAAGGUGAGAAGAUCUCCUCAACCCAUAGUUUUCUUUGCACCUGUUGUUUGUUCUUGUCAUGCAGCACAUUGGUGGAAAAAAGCAGGUUGCAUGAUGAGACCAAACAACAGCUGUGAAGGAGACUUCCCUACCCAUUAUUGGUGAAAAUUGCCUGUCUGAUACUUUUGCCUGUUAUAUGUCACUGCAAUCAUAUUGUACAGUUUCAUUUGGAAACCAAAGCUGGUAGAUAAUUUUAAAGUUUCCUGAAGUUAUUUAGCUCCAAAUGUUUGGAAUAUGUGAUUUAUUUUCAAAGGUGACAAAUUUGUAAAUAGUCAUAUUGUCAACUGAAAGAAUUGCUUUGAAGGAAUCAGUUUCUUAAAAAUGUGGCUUUAACUAUCAUUAGUUACUGAAAUCUAAAAAUAUAGCUGCUGCUUUUAAACAGAUCCCUUAGCCCUUUACACCCUAGCAUCAAUAUGAAUUUUCUCCACACUGCUCUCGAUACAUUUCCUAAGGUUCUCACAAGAAGAAUUUGUUUAACAAUCAAGAGUUUCUUAAGUUAGUGAUAAUUUUCUCCAUUCUUGUGACCUUUAUGUGUGAUUCAGCGGUGAUAUUCUAGGGAGAAAUUAGAUGCUGGUCACUCUCAUGACAGGGAGACAAAAUGUUUAAUUUGAGUGAAGUACCAUUAUUGAUUUGCUCCAGGUAUGACGUAGACAACACUGAUCUGUUAAGGUUGAGGCUUCUUGCACAGCAGAAACAACUUACAGACUACAAUGCUGCCAAAGAUGCAAAGUUAGUGAUAGAGUAAUAAGAGUAAUGUGCUACAUGCUUUAAUACCAAAUAAAUUGCAGUUAGUAAAGUAUUAGUAUGUAUAAACUAAAACUUAUUGUGAUCUUUGUGUUGAUAAGGCUGUCAAAAGCAAUCUGAAACUUGAGAGCAAGGAAUUUUACUAGCCCCAUGAAAGGGAAGUUUCACCAAAGCUACUUUCUGACCCAGAACACUCCUCUGUUGUAGCACAUAUACUAAAUGUUUUGACAAAUGGAGAUAACGUGACAGAAUAGAACAAAAUACCCAAUGGAUAUUGCGACUUUUUCCUAUAUUUAUUCAAAAACAGUUUUCCGAACAGCAGUCCUCGAGACAGUCCUAGUGGCCAGUUGAGUACUCCUGUACCAGGUAGUGGAGUCAGGGAUCCCACCUCUGUGGUAAGCUUUGAAUAACCUACGUUCCUCUUGAAAUAGAAUCAAGGCGGAUUGCUCUGAAUUAACCAAAACGUUUUUAAGUUUGUUUCUUGUGAACUGUUUAAAUAUGGCCAUGGUAGAAAGUCAAUAAGUAAAUUAUCGCUAAAAUAGGAUUUUCGUUUUGGCCAACAAGCGCGGAUCUGAAGACAAGCCUAAUUGCCUUACUGCAGUGUUACUUUCCACCUUGUGUGAAAAAAGAUGAAAAUUAACUAUGUGCUUGUAUCCUAAGGGUGAUAUCUACAUGAGGAAAAAAGCUUGUUUCGCAGGUUUUUCUUAGGGUAUACAACGAAAAUGUUUUUUACUUGACAAGUGCACUCUUGCACUGAAAUGCAUGCUGAUAAUAAAUUGUAAACAUAGUUUGACAAUAAACAAUUUCUCUUCUUCAUCUUGUGUGUCAAGGCCCUAUCGUCUGCCAGCGAUAUCGAGAACCCAGACCAUGAUGGAAAAUGGGCUGAAGAGGAAUCAGAUGAGAGUUCCGUGGAUGAAUUUGACAGUAUAUCCAACAAAGGAGGCAGACGAGAAGAAUUUGAAGCACGUAAAGCUCUCGCUAUCGAAGGCAGAAAAGCGCAAGAGAAACUGGAUUCAGUGGGAGAAAGACUAACAAAGAGUAGCGACGGAAUAGAGAGUAAAAAGACACCUUCUGCAAAGACAAAGGCAAGUUCUUCUGCAAAGACCGCCAAAAAGGGAAAAAUAAGAUUUAAGGAGGAUGAAAGAACGGCUAGUAAUCAAAAAGCGAGUAAGGAUCGCGAAAGAAAGAAAAUUGAAAAGAAAGGACAGGAAGAUGGUAAUGGAGCGGAGAAGAAAGAAGAAGCAACUGGCGAUGGUGUUGAAGCGAAAGAGGAAAAGAGGAAUAAAUAUUUAGAUGAAUGGCUUGGGAUAAAGAAGGAAGUAGAGGAUACUCGUUACCAGCCUGGAAAACCUCCACCAAACAGGUUAGUAUGGACACCAUUAUGAAGAUGAAAAACAUGAAAACACCAAAUACCCCCCCCCCAAAAAAAAAAAACAAAACAAAACAAAACAUCACAUAAACCAAAAGCAAGAAAACACAACGACAAUUUUAAAUUAUUUGUUUUACCAUUGGCGUUAUUUGUUUAUUUUAGACAAUUCAGUAACCUAAUUAACAAAUCGAAAGUGGUUAGGCGUGGUCUGUACUCUUAUUGACAACGGCAAAUCGGCCAAUCAGAUUGAGACAUUACUGCCGAUUGUGGUAAAAAAACAAAAUAGAAAGGUCGUAGGAAUGGUCCAUAGAAGAGUCGAAGACCCCUUAACAAGAACAGGCCACCAUCGACUUUUAAUCACAUCCCGUCAGCGUCACAGUUAUUCCCUAUCAAGAAUCUUUAACAUGGACGAGACACCGAUGCGGUUCCAGUCGCACUCUCGAAUUCGAAUUAAAAGUUUAUAACCAAUGAUUGCAUAUUGUGUUUCUUUACUUUAGCUCGGCUUAUAAGUAAAUACAUCCCGAUUUAGUAGAGUUUCCAUGUGCUGGAAAAAUUUUUUUCAAAAACUUUCGGCUAUAAGUCGAGAUCCCCUCUAGAGCCCAAAUUUUAAUUCACUUCAGUUUUAAUUUGUGUAAAAAAUCGCUCGGCUUAUAGUCGAAUAAAUACGGUAUGUAAAAUUAGUAGGCCGUACCAAUGAAUGAAACAAAUUAUUCAGAGGAAACAAGGGUAAAAAUCUGAAUUGCAUGCAAAGCAGUUAGCUGUAUUUACAAGCUUGGCUAAGGAGCCAAAGUGUUGCACAGAGUUUCCUUUUAAUCCUUUUACAUGUCAUUUGUAGAACUUUAUACCACAUAAGCCAUACAGUAUCCACAGGAAAACGAAAUUUCUUCCCAAGCAUUCUAUUUAUUCUUGAGAUAUUCCACCGGCAAUUGUAAUAGUGAUGCUUGAAGGAAGGACACUUCAUAGGGCAUAGUGCUAACAUGGCACCAUUUAUCCUCUUGGACAUCAUAGCUCUCUACAGAGUUUAGUUUAUUCUGUUUGCUGCCAUCAUCUCCUCCAAACAGAUAUACACAAUUUCCCACACUGACUAUGCCGCAUGCAGCACGGGGUACAGUAGGACUAGAAACUAGGCUCCACUGAUUCAAGCUUCUGUCAAAUAUUUCGCAGCUUGUUUCAAUAGUGUCAUAGUUCAUAUCACUGAAUCCUCCUACGACAAGUAUUUUCCUUCCUGUUAUGACGGCUGCAGCAGCAAGUCUCCUUGCAUUCAACAUGUCUGGAGCUGAUACCCAUUGAUCAAUCGCUGGAUUGUAGCACUCCACAUUCCUUAGGCAAGAAUUGCCGUCAGAUCCAGCAAUGACAUAGAUGCGAUUCUUGAUGGGCAACAAUUGUCGGAGACUUUGAUUCGUGCGUGACACAUGUCAGAUGAUGAGUGUGAACAUUAUGGACAUUGAUCAGUUUACAUAAUCAACGCAACCUUAAAUGACCUUUUAAAUCAGUACUUGGCAACAACCAAUCACAAUGUAGAGAAUAUCGUAUAAGAGAGUGAUUUCUUACAAAUUUUGCAGAGUAGCUUUUUACACAUCCAGUGUAAAUAAGCGAAUACGAGAGUGGAAUAAAACAGUUUGAUUGAGUCUCGUUCGUUAGAAUUCUAUCCCUAGUAAACAGGACAAAGUUUACAAAACAAUGUGAACACACCUUUUUUUCCACGCCAGAAUUCGGGCACCGUGCCUGAGUAAGAUUGGCAAUAUAACUUAUAUGUUCCAUUAAUGUCCGUUUGAUAAUGAUUAGUUAGAACUCGAUCGAUCGAAUCGAACUCUCAGAGAGGAGAGAAAAGAAUUAUUUGUUAUUCGUUUUUAUUGAUAUAUCUGAUUGUUAAUAAUCUUUGGUACAUGUUAGUCACGUCCGAGAGUUAAAGGGUUACUUUCCAAAAACUGUUUUCUUUCUCACCAGGAUUUUUAUGUCAUCCAAGACUGGGGGAACUAAAAAGGCCAGUGGAAAAUUCUCUUCGUAAGUUAUCAAUACCUUUAAGGAAGUUCUCUUUCUACUUGAAAAAUGUGGGCGCGUUUUGUUAGUUGCUCUGUAAUCUCCAAUGUUCCUUGCAUAGGAACCGUGGUAAUUCCAAAUUAAUACCAAGAUUUGUCUGAGUGAUCAUCUUUUCUCGAAGACUGGAUUGCUGUUGCGUUUACAUUGCAGGACAUUUUUGACCGAAAUCACAGAGUCAGAGGCAGCUGAAGACGAUGCAUUUCUUACACCCGUAAGUGAUAUUUACUUUGUAGUUCUGGUCUAUGUCUAAAAAAACAGGGUCAUCUUGAUUCAUCUUAACAACCAUCGUUCAAGAGUUUCACAAUUUCGAUUAUUCAGCGUCAAUCAGCAGACAUCUCUGCGAGGUUUUGGUUUUUAGAUUUUGAAAUUGAGCUAUUAUCUCCUUUUGUUUUGUGUUCCCGCUUAAUUCUGUUUAGCUCCUGUAAACAGUGAUUUGAACUUUCUACGCAAGCUACUAUUCUCGUAGAUGACCUUUUGCAUUCGCAUUGAUAUUUCGACAGACAUGCGGAAGGACUCAUAGAAAGACAGACAAUCAGACGGACAGACAGACAGAGAGACAAUCAGAAAGACAAACAGAACGGCAGAUAAACAGAUAGAAAGACAGAUAGACAGACAGGCAGAUAAACAAACAGAGUCAGACAGACAGACAGGCAGAUAAACAAACAGGAAGUCAGACAGACAGUCAGAAAGACUGACAAACAGACAGAAAGACAGACAGACAGACAGACAAACAAAUAGACAGACAAAGAGACAAACCCAUAGGCUGACAAACAGACAGAAAGUCAGACAGACAGAGAGACAGACACGCAGACAGAAAGACACAGUCAGAAAGACAGACAGAAAGUCAGACACACAGACAGGCAGGCAGGUAGACAAACAAACAAACGCAAAGUCAGACAGACAGACAGUCCGAAAGACUGACAGACAGGCAGACAAACAGACAAACAGAAAGACAUACGGACAGGAAAAUGGACAGACAGACAGACAGACAGAAAGAAAGACAUACAGACAGACAGACAGAAAGAAAGACAUACAGACAGACAGAAAGAAAGACAUACAGACAGAUAGAGACACAGACCCUCUGGCAGUCAAACAGACAGAAAGUCAGACAGACAGAGAGAGGGACAGACAUACAGACAGAAAGAAAUACAGACAGAAAAACAGACAGACAGAAAGACAUAAAGACAGAUAGACGGAGAGACAGAAAUUAAAUGACUGAUUGAUAAAAUUAUUUACACGUUCAUAUUUGUUUAUAUUUGUUAGGAUGUCCGUUAUGGAAUAAUCAACGAUAAACAAAAGCAUGUGUUUGGAACACUGUUUGACGAAGUCGACAAAGACAAAAAUGGAAGCGUCACGCUCCAAGAACUUAAGCUGCGUAUGCAGCCAGCUGUCACAAAACAUGAUAUCAAACACUUUGUAAAGGUACACGUACUGUAAACGUACUAUUAAAUAUCAGUCGACAAUGGAUUUAUCUGCGCACGGGCACGUAUAAUUAUAAAGUUUGAUUUUAUGCGGUCGAUUAGCUUUCGAAUUUUUCAUCUUUCCCAUUUUUGUUUUGUUCUGCUCACUUGUCAUCAAGGUAGAUUUUUUAAGCAGUUUACUCUGAAGGAAGGAUUGAAAAUAAAAAACGAGAGUCUAUAGAACGUAAGUUACGAAUUACACCAAUUCCGAUUUUAAUCCACUUGUUUUACUUGAUUUACCUGCAAGGUGUUUGACUUAAACAAAGACGAGACUGUAGAUAAAAGAGAAUUUACAGCCAUCUGCGCCUUGAACGACCGCAUAAAUGGAGUCAGGUAAAUUGUUUGUUUUUUACUCUGUUUUAUUGCUUACUUCAUAACUUCAAACCUUUGGAGCAAUAUUCAAUCCGGUGUCGAAAAACCACUGAAAAGUAACGUUUUUUACAGUGACCAAUUAAAACAAAGGUAAACGUCUCGAUAGCCAAUGGGAACUCAGAGCUUGUAGCGCGGGAAAACGCGAGUGACGAAGUCGCGAAUUGUUUGAGUUUGUCAUCCGAUUGGUUAAGAGCUCGAUGGUGGCUCGAGUUUUCUAGACCAAUCACAGAGCAAAGUAAAGUAAAACUAUACAAAGCGGCGUGUAUUGAUUUAUCACUCAACUGAAGAAAAUGUUCUAUUUAUCGUUUCCUCAUCAGACAAAACUUUUCCCUUUUUUUUCUUUUUUGCAGGACUGAAUCAGAAGACGCAUCUUUGGCCUUGGACCUGGAAAAUUUGGCUCAACAUAUUGUUAUAUUCAAGGUAAAUAAAGUGAUGUCUUUUCAGGGGUUUGCAAAGUCACCCUGAGGUUCUCCGAGGGCCAUACAUGUACCUUAAAAUUAAAAGAAGUGAAAAGGCUAAAACAGCACAUUUUCAGAUUAUGACUAGUGAAUCCCUGUAAAAUGUUUCUGUGUUUUCUCUUUAUUCAAGAAAUGCUCAUUUUUAGCGGUUGAAAAAGGUCGAAACUAGUGUUUCUUCGAUUGGCGUGCAUUUGAAAGAAAUAGUACAGAGUUUCUUUUUUAUAAUUUUACGAUUUGACAUGUCAGGGAUUGAAGUCUGAAGCCUUAAAUUUUUUUCUUGUUGUUAUCAUGGCUCUAUCAAUCGAGCGACUUUAACUCGUUUCUAUAAGUAAUCAUUUGUUUUUUUCUGAAGGAAAUGUUCAAAACCAUCGAUGAAGAUGACGAUAACAGGGUGGAUGCUGGCGAACUUCUGGUCAUGGUCUCUGCCGCCAUGGAAACAGAAAUAGGGGCGGACCUUCAGACAGCCAAAGAGGUGCUUGAAGGAGCACGUGACGAGUUUGGUAAGUCCGCGCAAAGAACUUGAUACAUGCAAGGCUAGGGUUAGGGUUAGAGACUGGAUUAUGUAAUAAAAUAUAUGCUUACUGUUCAUCGUGGGAUUGUGUUGUUUGAUUAUACAACACAACAGCCGAUUUAUGGGUAUCCACGAUCAAACAACACAACAGCCGAUUUAUGAGGACCGAUGAGGGAACACCAUGUAAUAACCGGAAUAAUAAUGAGGAUCGAAAUGCACUAAUAACAGCAUACCAACGUGCUACAAAUAGUGAGACGUAAACAAUCGACCUCAUCGCCUGAUGAAGACCAGCAGUAUUGCAGUCGAAACGUCGCGAUCUACAUCAAAAGUGACUCUAUCGUGAGACAAACGAACAAAGUUCAUCUCCUAGACUGGAUUAUCUCUUGUAAAAUGUAAAAUUCUUAAAAGGAGCCUCUCGCACUGUGGUCCCCUUCAAUUUUGAACUGCAAAAAAAGCCUUAUUAAUAAUCCCCUUUAAGAAUCCAGUUAUCUUUUUUCAUUAUUUGUUUGUUUGUUUUUUUGUUUGUUUGUUUGUUUUUUUUUUGAGCUAUGGACAUUUCUGGUGGUUAGGGGCGGUCAGUAUUUAUCGCGGGGGAGGUAUGAGGUUUAGAGGAUUUGGUUGCGUCACGUUAAAAUUUAGUUGAUCCCCCCUAUAAGGCUAUUUAAUAGUCUUGUGACCUCCCUCCCCCCCUCCCCCCUCCCCCCUAUAUGGCUAUGUAAUAUUCUCGUGACCUUCCCCCCCUCCCCUCAUUGGCAGUUAAUUGGCAUUCGGUUUUCGGUAUUCCCCCUACAUACUCUGUUCGUGAAAACCAUGUGAUUGUGAUUCUCCCCUAAAAUCCUCCCCCCCUCACCUCAGGCGAAAAAUAAAGACUAGUCCCUCAAUUAAUGUGCAGAUAUUUACGUUAAGUGUCUUACUUCAAGUUAAUGCUUCAAAAGAAUUUCUUUCCUACGCUCGUUUUUUUUAAGGGAAACAACCAAAACAAGUUUCAACAAAUUUUUUUGCUUAUGAAAGUUAUAACACUCGAUUUCCUUGUAUUUGCAGGAUUUAUUGACUUUAUCGGUUUUAUGUCGUACAUACCAUUCUUUGCUAAGCUUCUAAGAACCAUACUGGAAAACCCUCUGUCUAUUGCUGAACUAGAGCGGGCACGAGAACGAGUCAAACAGCACGACCUCACUUUCAAACCCAAGAAAAAAGCAAAAGAACCAAAGAGUUGGGAAGUGUACUAGAAAGUCUAUUUCCCGCCUUCAUCCACAUCCAAAGCCUGGGAGCAAGCUUUCAUUAGAAGCGAUUCAGCGCGGGCGUUGCUUUGCCCGCCGAAAAGUAUAGAGGCAACGCCAGCCGGCGAAAGGACUGAAUCGGAUCUCGCACUGAUCAUUAUUAGUACCAUAGCUCUCAACAAACCUCUCCCCAAUUCGUCUUUAACCUUCCGCGGCUGCGGCUGCGGGUGCUUCCUGCCGCGCUCAAAAUAAAGGCCUGAUCGUAUGUUACUGUAUCGGUGACAAGGAUGACAGAUUGUUGAAAUUAAGUUUUAGAUUGCAUGAGUACUCAUCGUUCACAAUGGCGGGCUUCAUCAUCGCUCUUUUAUGUUCAUAAAAUUCUGCUUUCCUGGCCUCGCUUUCCGGUAAAAAUUCAAUUGUUUUAAAACUUGUUAUCGAAGCUAGGAAGAAUAUAAGGAAUAGCCAUCGGGUUGGCCAAUUAUGAAGAAUGUCCAUGUAUGGAGAGUGUUCAUUUGACUUGUGUUUUAGGUUACGGAAACCCAAACGGGUGCAAGUAAGAGAAUCGAGAUUAGGCUUCUCAUCACAAUUGUACCCAAGCAGAGGCAAAUUUCCUCUAUCGAAAUAUUCUGUAAUACUCAACCCGAUGGUGUUCUUUUGAAUAUGGUUGAUAUUUUUUAUAUUAGGUUUUAAUACAACAAUGAUACAACAUGGCUUCAAAUUUGAGAUGUAUUUACAUAUUUUUAAUAAAUAUUUUUAAUCAGAGCAAAUAUUUCAUAGCAGUUUUUAUUUCAUUCAUGUUUUUCCAGGUCAGUUUGCAAAAGUCAGGCAUUUUUUGAUAUUGGUGACUGGGACCACUUUAUUAUUCUCUGCGGCUUGAUAAUAAAAUAUACCAAUUACGUAAAGAUUAUAUUUGUAAUAAUAAUAAUAAUAAUAAUUAUUAUAAUUAUUAUUAUUAUUAUUAUUAUUAUUAUAAUUCUAAUUUAAACAACCUUGGAUCAAAAAUCUUGGAAAAAGAUCAUACACGCUUUUAUUGCAUGUAAAUUUUGUUUUUUGUUGGUUUGUUUUCUUUCAGUUGUUUGUUUGCUCUUAAGUAAUCGUGUUUUUUAUUUCAAAAAGAUAAAUUGUUCUAAAUUAUCGAUGACGUCGUAUGCGCUUUAACCCUUUAACUCCCAUGAGUAACCAAGACAGAAUUUCUCCUUGCGAUAUCAAUACAACAUCAACCAGAUAAGCGAUGAGAAUAAAGAAAAAUAUCAAUUUGGGGAUAAUUAGUUCAUCUAAUAAUAAAUUCUCUGAACUUACAUUAUAAUAAUUGUAUUGUUGACAGUAAGGAGAUUGACAAAUUUGAUCUGGGAGUUAAAGUGACGAUUUAUCGACAAAGAGUAGUCGUGUACAUAGGUUUUAAUGACUGUAGGAGUAUAUGUUGUACGAAGUAGAUAUUAAAUAUCUUUAUUCUAAUUGUUUUUUAUUUUUCUGUCCUAAAUGAAGGCAUUUAUUGCGAUAUCCGAGC